CUCUUUACCAAAACCAUAAACAAACACACCACACCAACUGCCAGUUUUGUCUUCCAAAGAAAAAUAAGAGUCAACGGCAUCACCCCGUGCAACUUUAAAGAACAGGCGACAGAAGCCCCAGGCCUAGGUUCAGAGAUGUUUCCGACAGCUAUUACUCGAAAGCGUCAGCGGCCUGAAGUAGCCUUCGCUCGGGGUCACGAGGAGGUCAAGUUCAGGGAUGUGACUCUGUUCCUGGUGGAGAGGAAGAUGGGGAAAAGCAGGAGGAAUUUCCUCUCUAAUCUCGCCAGAUCUAAGGGCUUCCGCGUAGACGACGCUCUCAGUGCUGACGUGACACACGUCGUGUCGGAGGGAAAUGCAGCGCAGGAUCUCUGGAGCUGGCUCGAGGAGCAGGGAUUCAGAGAGAUGCAUGACAAACAUGUGCUGCACAUCAGCUGGUUUACUGAGAGCAUGAGCGCCGGCCGGCCCGUGCCUCUCCAAAUCAGACAUUACAUACAAAAUCCCGCUGUGGGUCAGAGGUCGUGUUCACAUCCGUCAGCCGAACCUGAGACUGCUGUGUCUCCGUACGCUUGCCAGAGACCAACCACACUGAACAACCGCAGUAAGAUCUUUACAGAUGCGCUGGAGGUGCUGGCGGAGAACCUGGAGUUCUGUGGGAAUCCGGGUCCGAGCCUGGCGUUCCGGAGGGCGGCGUCUGUGCUCAAGAGUCUCCCUGAUGCCCCGAGACGUCUGGAGGAGACACAGCAUCUGCCCUGCCUCGGAGAACACAGCCGGGCCAUCAUAGAGGAGAUCUCUGAAUACGGAUCGUGCUCCAGAGUUGAGGAGAUACUGAAUGAUGAGAGGUAUCGGACGAUGAAGUUGUUCAGCAGUGUCUUCGGGGUCGGACCCAAGACGGCAGAGAACUGGUUCUGUAGAGGACUGCGGACGUUUGAGCAGGUGCUGAAUGACCCCAGCAUCAGACUGAACCGCAUGCAGACCGCAGGGUUCUUGUUUUAUGAGGACAUCAGUAAGCCGGUGAGCAGGACAGAGGCCAUCGCUCUGAAGAUUAUAGUGGAGGAAGCUGUCACCAGUGUCAUCCCAUCAGCCAGCGUCAGCAUCACAGGAGGAUUCCGCAGGGGGAAGGAGUUCGGACACGAUGUGGACUUCAUUAUAAAAACACCUGAGGCCGGACAGGAGGACUCUAUUCUGCCCGCCGUGAUCGAACGAUUCAAAAGACAGAGCAUCCUGCUGUACUCAGACCUCCAGGAGUCGACCUUUGACCUGCGGCAGCUGCCGACUCACCGCUUCGAGGCCAUGGAUCAUUUCAGCAAGUGUUUCCUGAUCGUGAAGCUGAAGGGCGAGCAGGAGACGGGGCGUGACUGGAGAGCGGUGAGGGUGGAUCUGGUGGCUCCUCCGCUGGAGCGUUAUGCUUACGCUCUGCUGGGAUGGACCGGGUCCAUGCUGUUUGAAAGAGACCUGAGACGAUUCGCCAGAUUGGAGCGAGGAAAACUGCUGGACCAUCACGCGCUGUAUGACAAAGCUACGUUCAGCUCAGAAGUAAAUGACAGUGUUUCAGCUCCAGCUCAGAGGUCUGUUAGUCUCCAGAGAGUCAUGAAACAUCCAGAUCUGUGAAAACCAUCCUGGCUGGAGGAUGAGUGAUAUCAGCCGAGCUCUCCGUGACAUCUGUGACACUCAUGUGUUCUUCAUUUACCAUCUGAUAGAGUCCUCAUAUUCGUCUGUACAAAAUCAGCUGCGAAGAAACUUACACAGCUUCGCUGCGACUGAAUCAGCCUGAAACUAGGGAUCCUGAACAUGCAGGAAUGCGUCAAAGAGUCUCUAACACACACAGAUAAACACACAUGGAUCUAAGAGCACGGAUGUUCAUUUCAAGCCUCAGUCAUUUUGCAGUGUUUUACUCCUUGGAGGUCAGAAAAACAAUUAGGGAGGUGUAAUAGGAGAAGAAGGAGGAAAGAUGAUGUUGAAUGGAUGGUACACGAGAGGUGGUGCAUUUAAGACGGAUAGGCUGUUAAACUGGUGUGUGUGUGUGUGUGUCAUGUGUUUCUGAGUCAUCCAAAUCUCUUCCUAUUAUAGUUUGUCUCUUUUGUGUUUGUGUGCAUUGAAGCCAGUUGAAAUGUGAAAACAGGUUGCUGUGCACUAGAAGAUGUUUGCAAGGGACUAAAUGCAUCAAAAACAAACCUUUAAAAAGAUUUUUGAUUAAAAUACAUAUGAAUGUGCAAGGAAAAAUGUGUAUUUGGCAUUUGCAUUAAAGCAUGUGGUA